AUGCUUGGCUGGCAAGCUGCGAAGGCAGCCGUCGAGGCUGAGGGCAUCUACAUUGGAGGCUGGGGCCUGCGGAAUGCUAUCUGGCCCAAACGCGCUGGUGGCCGCCACGCAAGCAGUCAAGAUAGGAUCGAGCAUGUCGCAGCGAUCCAGGACUGGGACGAGGACGAAGAGCGGAAGCUGGUGAGAAAGCUUGACGCCAGAGUCCUGUUCCCUUGCUGCAUCAUCUACUUCCUCGCGUACCUCGAUCGAGCGAACAUGGGAUUCGUCAACGUGCUCCAAGCUGGCAAACCCAGUAGUUUUGAAGAGACCCUGCAUCUCGAGGGCGCAGAUUUCAAUUGGGCCGUAUCUGUCACUUAUUUCAUGGUCACCGUCCUCUUGAUCCCAUCGAAUCUAUUGAUGAAGAGGUUCUCUGGGAAGUAUUAUUUUCCGGUGAUCAUGAUCCUCUGGGGCACCAUUGUUAUGUGCAUCGGCGCAGUUCACAGCAAAGCGGGUUUGCUUGCCGCCCGCUUCUUCCUGGGAGUUCCUGAGUCUGGCGUUGUGCCAGCCUCGAUCAUGUACUUCUCUUUUUGGUACAAGCCCCAUGAGCGAGCGUGGCGGAUUGGUAUCUUCCAUGCUGCAAACUCACUUGCCUCUGGGGUGGGAGGAUUCCUGGCCGUUGCCAUUGACCACCUGAAUGGAAAAGCCGGACUGGAGAGUUGGCGCUGGUUAUUCAUAAUCGAGGGAGCCAUGCCCAUUGUCUGCGCAGUACCCAUUCACUUCCUACUACUUACUUUUCCGGAAGACUCGAAAUCACUGACUGAGCGAGAACGUUAUAUUGCUGUCAAUCGCUUCGGGCGUGGGGCGACGCGAAAGACGGACGUUACAUGGGACUGGCCCGCCUUCUUCAACGUCAUGUCUCGACCGUCGACCUAUGUUUUCUUCGUGUCGUACCUUUGCUUACUGAUCGUCGCGGUGGCACUUGGGACCUUCUUGCCCACGAUCCUGAAAGUGUUUGCCAAAUUCAGCAGCACGAAAGCCAACGAAUACAGCUCGUCGGUGUAUUUCGUGGCAAUUGUCGUAUAUGCCUUCUGGAGCUGGCACUCUGACUGGACGCGUGAGAGAAUCUGGCAUUAUAUCAUCCCAGCCGCCAUGGCCAUUCCGUGCUUCGCCAUCUGGACCCACGUGGCAACGCAAAAGAGCUUCGGUGACAUGACACCGAUCCAGCUUUAUGGGUUGGCGUACCUCGGAAAUAUGGUCUCAAUUGCGCAGCCCGCUGCCCUGGCGUACCGAACGUCAACUUUAUACGGAGCAGCUGAGCAAGCUAUUGGUGGAGCUACAGCCAUAGCUUCGCUAUCCAUCGCAAGUAUUAUCGGCCCUCAGAUUUUCCCGAGCACGGACGCUCCUUGGUAUUUGCCAGGCUUUGCCGCUGCAUCCUCCACCAUAGCCUUUACCAUCAUCAGCUUUGCAAGCUUACCGCUGUGGCUACUCUGGGAGGCGAAACGACGCAAGACAAAGACGGGGCAUGCUAUGCCUCUACGAGCCAUCGAGGAUGCAGAGCACAGUACUAUCUCAGCUGCCAAUCUCGCUCGUCUUCAUGAACAGAAAGCAUUGGAAGAAAAACGCGCUCUAGAUCUGGAAGAUCCCCGCCACAUUGAAGAGAUUCCUGAUGCAAAGGCUUAG